GCAGCCACACGUCCGGCCGCCGCUGCAGCGUCCCCCCGGCCCGCUAGCUAGCUAUAGUCGCCGUCCCCCACGUAAGACGUAACAACGGCUCGGUCGGUCCGUUACGUGGAAGCGCUAUAGGGUACUCCGUCUGGGUGCACGUACACGGCGGGCCCCUCCUCCCCUAGAGCGCCGCUGCUAUAUUAUGGGCGGCCGUGGCAUGGCCUCUCGCUAGCCGGCCAGCACCAACACACUACGGCGGCCAGAGCGUGCGUCCGGCCGGAGCCCUUCCGCGCGGUGAGAGAGAGGAGCGAAGCGCGGCCGGCCGGCCAUGGGGAGGGCGCCGUGCUGCGACAAGGUGGGGCUCAAGCGCGGGAGGUGGACGGCGGAGGAGGACCAGAUACUCGCCAACUACAUUGCGGAGCACGGCGAGGGAUCCUGGAGGUCGCUGCCCAAGAAUGCAGGGCUGCUCCGGUGCGGCAAGAGCUGCCGGCUGCGGUGGAUCAACUACCUUCGGGCGGACGUCAAGAGGGGCAACAUCUCCAAGGAGGAAGAGGACAUCAUCGUCAAGCUCCACGCCACCCUCGGCAACAGGUGGUCCCUGAUCGCCAGCCACCUCCCCGGCCGAACAGACAACGAGAUCAAGAACUACUGGAAUUCGCACCUCAGCCGGCAGAUCCACACGUACCGCCGCAAAUACACCGCCGCGCCGGACACCACCGUCAUCAUCGACAUGAGCAAGCUGCACAGCGCCGAGAAGCGCCGCGGCGGCAGGACCCCGGGAUGGUCGCCAAAGAGCAGCAGCGCCAACACCACCACCAACACCACCUCCAGCAAGACGAACAAGAGCAAGGAGACGGACCCUGGGCCCGGACUGAAGUCGGCCUGCGACGCGAAAGGCGCGUCCAGCCCGCCCACCGCCGCGACGACGAUGUCGGCGGCGUCGAGCCCGCGGCACAGCGACGGGGCGCGAAGCGCCGUGGUGGACCCGGAUCCGAACCAGCCCAACAGCAGCAGCGGCAGCACGGCCGAGGGGGCCUGCAGCGGCGAGGACGCCACCGGGCCGUGGGAGCUGGACCCGAUUGACCUCGGGGAUCUCUGGGAGGCCGAGAGUGAGAUAGACGCCCUGAUGUCGAUGGACGCACCUCUGGAAGGAUUUGACGCGGUCGUCGGUGAGGCUCAGGCUCAGGUGGACGACCUGUUCGACAUGGACAUGGACUGGGAUGGCUUCGCGGCGCAUCUAUGGGGCGGGCCGGAGCAGAACGACCACAUCGCGGAGCUGCAGCAGGCCGCCGAGCCGCAGGCUACUGCUGCGGCCUGCACCCCGAACGAACACGAGCCGCAGGUCGCUGCUGCUGCUGCGGCCUGCAGCCCGGACGAACAGGAGCCGCAGGCCGCUGCUGCUGCGGCGGCUGCGACCUGCACCCCGGAUGAACACGGGCUGGAGGCGUUCGAGACUUGGCUCCUGUCCGACUCGUUCUGACAGUUCCGUUACCCAGACCGAUCAGACCACAACCAGGUGGCUGACCAUAAGAUCGACGGAACGCAGCUAGGUGUUGUUCGUGUGUACAGUUUUGUUUUUAGCUCGCCAUGACUACGUGCUGUUUCGUGCAUGGACCAACCCUUUUCUUCUUCUUCUUCUUCACAUGUACUGUACUGUACAAUAGAGAGCAGAGAGUUGCAUGAUGCCUGGGUAGCUGUAACCAGUCCAUAUAUCUCAGUCAAGUGAAGAAGACUAAUAAAAGCGCAGCAGUAGACGUUGCUGUAGCCUGCAGGGAGGCCGGUUUGGCAGUGUGUGCUUUGGCUUUGUGAACAGGAGUGAUGGCAGUUGAGGAAUAAAAAACAACAAAUUC